AGAAGUUUGAGCAAAGUGGUGGUUGGAUAAAAGAAUUACCUGAAGAAGCUGAGAAUGAGAGGAUGCAUCUAAUGACUAUGGUGGAGCUAGUACAGCCUAAAUGGUAUGAGAGGUUGUUAGUUAUUGCCGUGCAGGGAGCGUUUUUCAAUUUUUACUUUGUGCUUUACUUGUUGUUCCCCAAUCUUGCACACAGAGUUGUUGGUCAUCUGGAAGAAGAGGCUAUACACCCAUAUACUUUGUAUCUUAAUGAUAUUGAUUGUGGUGAAAUUGAAAAUGUCCCUGCUCCUGCGAUAGCAAUUGACUACUGGAGACUGCCUAAGGAUGCGACUCUAAAGGAUGUUGAUGAAGCUUAUCAUAGAGACGUUAACCAUUUUGCAUCUCCAUGGGAGACAUAUCAGGCUGACUCGUCGAUUGAUCUAAGCAAGCACCAUGUGCCCAAGAAAUUCCUUGAUAAGGUUACUUAUUGGUCAGUGAAACUUUUCAGGAUUCCAACCGAUUUAUUUUUCAAGGAAAGAUACGGUUGUCGUGCAAAGAUGUUGGAAACAGUGGCAGGUGUACCAGGAAUGGUGGGAGGUAUGCUGUUACAUCUAAGGUCGUUACGCAAGUUCGAUCUUCUAAGGCAAAGAAUUGGUGUUUGCAUUUCAUAA